UUGUUGUUGUUGUUUUUUUUUUCUGUAUCCAACGACCCUAUUAGAAUAAAUCAUUGACCCAUUUUUGGGUUCCAACUCAGUAGCCUAAAGCCACUGUUUUUUUGUGUUAUCAACUCUAUACAUUUUACAAUUUUGAAAGGGCACAGAGCAGAUAUAUUUAUCUUAAUGGAGGAUUACAAUGCAUCUCUGUUCAUCAGGAGUACAGCUGUCAGCUUCUGCAUCUGGUAAUAGCAUAAUUGUGCAUGUCUUUGUGAAUAUAGAUAGUGUUUGUAAUACUUGCCAGGCUUGGAGAGAAUUAUGUCAUCCAGACUGGAGUAUAAAUAAGCCUGACGUGAUCACUGAAUGCCACUUAAACAGAUAGCAAAAGAAAAGCUGCUCUUUAAUAAUGAAGGUACAAAUCCACUGACCCUGGAGUCAGAAAGGAGAAAACUGACAGGGUGAAAGAGGGAGAGAUGACUGGGAAUUAACACCCAUGGAAAGUAUGCUGCAUGGAGCUUUUGAUAACACAGCUGCCCUUCUGCCCAGCUCAGCUGAUUUAGAUUUUCCAUCAAGAUGGGAGGGGCAGCAUGAAAGAGAACAUACCAUGAGAUGAAUGAUACAGAUCAUUGUUUAACCACUCCACAUGUCCUGAAAUGGUGUGACAGGAUUUACCAGAGAUUGGCAGAACUGGAUCUGAGCUGCAUGGAAAGCAGUGGCACAUAUUUUCCAGGCACUUGCACUCUCAGGGUAUGUGUGUGUGUGAGUGUGUGAUUAGUCAGCAGAGGCAGCCGUUUCAGUCCAGAAUGGGGAAAGUGGAGCGGAGUCUGCUAGCUGAGUCUCCCCCCCUCCCCCAAAGUGGGCGGAGCCUACUGUGCUAUUGAGAGAGGCUUUUAUAUAAAAAGGCUAUGGGUGAGUGAGCUGCAGUCUUACCAAGCCUUGAGGACGUUUGAUCAGUGCUGUAGGAGGGCAGUCGCUUCCAGAUUAUUCUCUCUCAACCAAACAGCAUCACGUAACCACAAUAGGAGGACACUUUACCUUCAUCAGCAGUCGUUUGCAUUGCUCAGUUUGGCUUUGAUCCAUUUCCUGCCUGAAAACGCUCAAGGCUCUUUGCUGGCACAGUCUUGCGUCAACUACAGUCUUGGCUUAGACUGAGACCAUCUGAAAAGGACAGGGAGACGGGGAGAAAAUUAGCAGUCAGGAAGGGGAAUUCCAAGCAUUUGUUUCCUGAAGCAGGCUACAUUUGUGUCCUCACGCUGGGGAAGGCAAAACGGACGCGUCUCAGCCCCUCCUGCCCUUUACAUUCUCUAACCUCUCAAGUCCUCCAGAGGAUCCGUCAACGGGCAUCAAUCAUGCAUCUGAAAACCAUGAAGUGCAACCCUUUCUGCCUUAUCGCUUCCUUAGAGGAUCCAGUUAUGUUUAACAGCCCUGUGGAGAGGGCCAGUUUUGAGGAGCUGUUUCGUGCCUUUGACAGCAAUGUCACCUUCCAGUUUUUUAAGAGUUUCCGUCGGGUGAGGAUUAAUUUUACUGAUGCUCUGGCAGCUGCGGAGGCAAGAGCAAAACUCCACAAAAGUGACUUCAACGGCAGGGAGGUGCGACUCUAUUUUGCCCAGUCUGUGCACAUUGGCAGUCCACACCUGGAACCUCCUAAACCAGAUAAGCAGUUCCUCCUCUCCCCUCCUCCAUCACCUCCUGUGGGUUGGGAGCAGUCCAAGGACGCCACACCUGUCAUUAACUAUGACCUUCUGUGUGCCAUCGCAAGACUUGGGCCAGGUGAAAAGUAUGAACUCCAACCAGGUACCCCCACCACUCCCAGUGUGGUAGUACAUGUUUGCGAGAGUGACCAAGACAGCUCAGGAAAUGAGGAGGAUAUGGAGGGAGGCCAACAUCCCCGUCGGAAAAUCAUCCAGACCCGUCGACCAGAAUACACUUCCUCUGUCAUGCAGUGAGCCUUUGGAACAACUCAUUGUGGUAUAAUUCUUUUACUAUAACAGGGCCCUCUGGGGGAUCUGCCAUGGCAUGCUGUUGGUCCUCCACACCACUAGAGGAUGCCUUAAGACAGAACCUAGCCCUGUGGAGAGAGACAUUGUGUAUGUCCAGCACCAUCUCACAUGACUAUGGGGUUCAUUGCAUGCAUUCGCUGGUAGAGUGACUCAUUUCUCUGUAGUAAAAUGUCUGUUUUUUUUUAAGUUUUUUUUUCAAAGUUUUUUUUAAAGAGUGCUUUCAUUGGUAUCUGUGGCCAAGGUGAACAUGAGUCUCCUAUUGUGUAGAGUGUUUUAUAUCUUGGGAAGCAUGCUGUGUCCCAGUCAGUGGAUGUGUUUUUAAUAUGAUUUUGUAUUUCUUUAUAUUUACUUGACACUUUCAGACUCGUGUUAAUUCAACCCUCUUAGGUACUCAUGAGCAAUCCAAGAUUAUUUAAUUGAGAAUGAGAGUAAAUGUUGAGGGGGAAUAUCUUUUUGUCAUGAAAUUUGCCCAUUCAUUCGACACUGUAAGUCUUGUUCCACCAACACGUUCCUAUAUCACAGAUCAUAAUUAAGUGCUACAAUAAGACAGACAAUUAUCUAUUUUCUUUGUCAAAAUGCUUGUGAUAUUCAAUUUUUCUGGGGGAAGGUUUUCUUAGGGUAAUGCGUGUUCAAUGUUGCAAUGUUUUUAACAAAAUUAACUAUAUUUUAAAAAGCCUUAAACAUCAAUUGGACAUCUUGGCCCUUGAAGUAAUUCCUACAUUUUUAACUGGAUGGCAUGGCCUCCAAAUUCAUCAACUUCAGUUGUUUUCAUCAUGUAGGACCAUAACACUGUAAUAAACCUGUCAGUCUUGAUGAAGAACUAUUACACUCUGUACCAGGACGAGCACCAAUUAAUUUUGUUACAUGCAGCUUAAUAAUGUAUUUCUGAUGCCUUUUAUUGUUUGUCUUUAUAUAUGAUAUAUUCUUUUAUUUUUAUUUUUUUUUUACUUGGUUUCGAAAAUGUCACUGACAUGGUAAUGGCUUGGGUGUUUACCCUGUUGUAAAUAAAUCAUAGAUAACCACCAUAACUUGACAUUAAAACUGGAGGUUUUCCUCUCAAA